GCUGGAGGGGCGUGCCCGGUGCCUGAUAAAAGGGGCUGCCCAGCGCGGGGACCGCUUUCUCCGUGCCUUGCCUGCAGCACUCCUCGAGGGUGAGCAGCCUUGAGGGCGACAGGAGGGCUCCCGAGAGACUGCUGUGUGCAGUAGUCGGCAGGACAGACAGGCUUAAUCCUCCCACUUGGCGACCCUCGGGGUAGGAAGGGGACCGAGCCACAGCCUGGGUAUGGCCACCGCGGCGUGCGAACCUGUGGCCAGACCCAGCCUGACCUCCAUAUCAUCCGGGGAGCUCCGCAGCCUGUGGACGUGCGACUGCGAGCUGGCCCUGCUGCCCCUGUCGCAGCUGCUCCGCCUGCAGCCUGGGGCCUUCCAGCUGCGUGGUGAGCAGCUCCUGGUGCCCGGGCCCGGGGAACCCGCCGCGGACGCGCGAGGGGGCUUCAACGUCUUCGGGGACGGCCUAGUGAGCUUCGACGGGCAGCUCUACCGCCUCAGCAGCUACAUCAAGAGAUAUGUGGAACUGACCACCUACUCCGAUUAUAAAGACUACAGGGAAACGAUACUGAGCAAGCCCAUGCUAUUCUUUAUAAAUGUGCAGACCAAGAAGGACAUCUCAAAAGAAAGGACCUAUGCGUUUCUUGUGAACACAAGGCACCCCAAGAUAAGAAGACAGAUAGAGCAGGGGAUGGACAUGGCCAUUUCCUCGGUGAUUGGAGAAAGCUACAGACUUCAGUUUGAUUUCCAGGAAGUGGUGAAGAAUUUUUUCCCUCCAGGAACUACAGUGCUAAAUGGAGAGAAUUUGAGCUUCGCCUAUGAGUUCAAGGCAGACGCCCUCUUUGAUUUCCUUUACUGGUUUGGGCUCAGCAAUUCCACCGUAAAAGUGCACGGGAAGGUUCUGAACUUGACAAGCAUGAACCCAGAAAAGAAAGAAACAAUCAAGUUAUUUCUGGAAAAAAUGAGCGAACCUCUCAUCCGAAGGAGUAGUUUCUCUGACCGGAAGUUUAGUGUCACAUCUAGAGGUUCAAUAGACGACGUUUUUAACUGCAACCUAUCACCCAGAUCAUCGGUCACGGAGCCGCUGUUGGCACAGUUAUCAUUCCCGAGUGUUCUGGAAUCUGAAGAGACGUCCAGCCACUUUAUCUGAUGGGUCUGAACGCUCUGGCUGUCGUCCUCUGACUGGAGCCUGUGGCAGGCGGCAGGUUGAAGGGUGAGAGCAGGGAGGAGGCGGGCACUCCCAUCCCUUUGCCAAGCCCUGGUCCUCCAAGGUUCUCUAGGGGGCUCUUUUUUUUCCAUGUCCCUGGGCAUGGUGCCCUGGCUGGUCCAGUGCAGCUGCCUUCUGUCGGGGUUUUGAUUAUGGGAUGGAAGGGCUUUGUCCCUAUGGCACAGGGUGACAUUGACAUUGAACACUUCUCUGAAGAACCUGAGAAAUUCUCAGGGGCCUGCCACCUUGAACUUUGCUUAACACCCUGGCACUCUGGGGACUUUUCUGGCAACUUCUGUGGGAAGCAGGCACCUGACUGGGAUGUUAACCCUGGUGCUUCAUGGGUUACGGAAUGGUCCUCUGCUUGGGACACAGCUUGAGGCGCACUGACCCAGCAAGCCUGGGGUUUAGCGCUUCUCCUGCAAAUGUGUUAGGCAAAGCCUGUACUGUAUUUCACUGGGAGACAAGUACGGUUUUCAUCCCACCCAUGGGAAACCUUGAGGACAUUCAAGCUACUACAGGCUGCUGAAGGGUCUGCAGGAUGCCAGGAUGAACCCGGCCUGGGAUGCGAAGCCGCCGUGUGGUGCAACAAUCAACCAGCGACAGGACCUGUCCUCCGCCCUGCAGGCAUACCAUACAAGCGGGCACUGGAAAUGCGCUUUUAGCCGUCUUGAACACGAGAAGAAAAGCCCGAGGAAAGCAGGCCACUGCCCAAGUACUUCAGACAUCAGCAUAUGUUUCACCUCACGGCUCCAAAGGGAUUCAUUGAAAGGAAAAAAGUAUCCAGUCUACCCGUAAAUGCUUAUGCGAGUGGCCAGGCAUGGUGCACACCUGUAUCCCAGCACUUGGAAGCUGCAGGCAGUGGAUUAGGGCUUCGAGCUCAUCCCGGCUACAUAGUGAGUUCCAGGCCAACCUGGGCUAUUAAUGAAGAUGAUUCUGUCUCAUAAAAACAAACAAGUUUCACAUUUGUGGAUCCCUGCAAAUAGUCAUAAGAAGGCAGAUUCAUGGGCAUUGUGUAUCAUUUUUUUCUAUCCUUUAAUAACAUAUUCCCCUGCUACAUAUUUUGAUAAUACUACUGAUGGACUGACAUUUGUCUCUGAAAUGUUAUCUAGUGCAUGUGCACGAUUAAAACUUUUCUUAGCAUUCAA